UUUAUUUGUUUUUCAUAAUUUGCAAAACAAAGAUUUCAUAAAAAAAUGGUUACCAAUUCUUCAGUUUAAAAAUAUAAUAAUUUAGGAGUGAUUUGCUUUAAACAUGGCUACUAUGAUAAAAGAAAAACGUCGUGAGAAAAAGAAAACUAAAGAGAAAUUGAGCAGUAAAAGUACAGAUAUUCAGCUAUCAGAGAGUGAUGUUGUUGCAUGUCCAAGCUCAGAUGCUACUAUUUCUCAGACCCUCAAAUUAGUCAUAGACAAAAGUGAUAAAACUUCAACAGUUCCUAUUAAAUUUCAAGAUGUGAAUGUAAUAGAAAGCAAAAGUGAAAUUAAAAUCUCGGAAAGCAAAUUGGAAAUGGUAGAAAGCAAAAAUGUUGAAGAAGUUAGUGAGAAUAGUAAGACUAUGACAGAAACAUAUAAAGAAUUAAAUUCAAAAUUGGAACGUUUGAUUAUACCCAACCAGUGUUUUGACAUCACUGAGCAAAGGGAAUAUGAACUAGCUCAUCCAGAUGCAUAUAAUACAAGAGUAAGAGACUGUUUAACAAAUGAAUCCUCUAACUAUUCUGUACAUACAAAUGAAGAAAGCAUAGCAACAGAAGAAGGUGGUAUUAGUAAUAUAGGCCUGGCUAAAGUUUUAACACCUUCAGCUCCUAUCUUAGAGGAAGAAGUACACAAACCACCUCAGCAGUCAAUGUAUGAAGUUCCAGAGAAAGUUGAGGAGCCAAGAGUUAAGUGUAUUCCAUUAGAAGAGGCAAUUCAUUUAUUUGCCAGGAAAGAGUUUGAGCUAAUAAAAUCUUUGAGUGAGAAGGAAGAAACUAUUGUUGAAGCUGGACCUUCAUCAGGGCCUGAGCAUCCUUUGGUUGAUCUGCUGUCUACAUUCAGUUCAUCACUUAGAGCUGUAGAAAGGGAACGCACGAAAAUAACUCUUGGUUUUAUCGAAGAGGAAUCCUCCAGAUCGAGGCUAUGGUUGAUUGAAAAACGUUACAUAAAAGCAAAGGAGCAGUGCAGAUGUGGUGCCAAAGUAUAUGUGCAAGCAUCGUAUGAACAUGCUCAGCUGUUGAAAGAAAAGCUUCCUGCAGCUAAGCUCACACUAGAAGGACUGCUGAGAGACAUAACGGAUUCAUACUGUCAUCAUCAACAUGAAGCCUUGUUAGCACAUUGUGAGAUUGAAGAACUGCUAUCUGAAAUAGUGAAAAGCUCUAAAAGUGAGAUCCGCGAAGCGUUAUCCCUAGUGCUGCAAGCAUUGAAGCUAAGUGACAGUUCACCAACAGUGCUGUCUAUUGCUCUACUGCGAUGGGCGAGAGCACUCAGUACUGCAUUACUGGAGGGCAGCGAUGUGAGGCAGCUGCUGUUUCUCAUACAUCACUUGUUCAGACAAUCUCAUUCAGUUGAAUGGGCGUCAUCGUUCAUAAACUUGGCAGUUCGGGACAGUGUGUCGGCUGCACAGAUGAUCGCCCUCCUGGACAUCCUGCUUGCUCUGCCGAAGGCCACUCCGGAGCCUGCUUUGGAAUGUACUGAGGAGAGUGAAGAUGCUUGGGAGGAAGUGGACAAACACGGCGCCGGUGGUGCGGUCAGCGAGGGUAAGAUGCGGGAAAAGGACAUGUUGUCACUCCUGAACGCCUUCCCUCUGAGAGACCUGGUUGCAAGGCUGGUGGCCAUUACGCACGCGGAUAUAAAACAAGUCCGCGAAUCGGAGUGGGUGGAUCGCGGCGGCGGCGGAGCGGUGCUGCGCGCGUGUGCGGGCGUGCGCACGUGGCUGCACGUGCUGCGCCGCGCCGCCGCCCGGCACGUGCACUACACGCGCCUGCGGGCGGCUCUGGCGCACCUCGCCCGCGCCGCCAUGACCGCCCUCUGCUCGCUGCAUAUGCGCUCUAGACACCUGUAUCGGGAUGAGUUGAAAGAAAAAAUCGAUGCCGAGCUGGAGGCGGUGUUCGCAGAAGGGGUGAGCAUGUCCAGUGCAUCGGAGCUGCCCACGCUGCCCACCGCGCUGCUGGGCCGCCGCGGGGCCAUGGACUACUGCGUGUGCCACGCCGUCUCUCUGCACGCCGUGAAACCGAAACCUCUCGAGUCGUUGUCGAUGGAGCUGCCGGUGUUGCCAUGCGAGAGCCGAGUCAAGAUAAUAGCGCACGCGGCAAUAAACCGCGCACACGACGAGCAACUCGCAAAAUUCGUGUUAGAGUUUUUAAUUCAGAUCGGAAACCAACGUAAGACUGAGGAAUGUAAAGGCGCCUGCGACAAGGAAGCCCAGAAAUGCCUCCGGUCAUUGUUGGCUGCGCACCCGUACUUGUACACGACCGCGCUGCACACCUUGGCUCAGUUGAACGAGAGGGAGCCGGUGGACGCGGCUGCGGUGGCGGCGCUGGGGCUGAGCGCGUGGCGCCCCCGCGGCGAUGACGUCACGCGCGUGCUGGACGACUGGGCGGGCCGCCGCGCGCCGCUGUCGCACUUGCUGCUGCAGCUGGACUACACGCCGCACACCGGGAUGUCAUUAGAGACUCAGCUGAGCAUCUGCAGCUGGCUGGUGUCGUAUGCGGGGUCCGGUCCGGCGCCCGAGUGGUGCUGGGCAGUGCUGCGGCGCUCCGCCCUGCACGGCGCGCUGUGGGGCCGCGCCGCCGACCCGCCCCCGCCCCCCGUCCGCCCCACAGAACCCUUCGCUAUAGCAUUCCAGUUAUUAUCCAGCUCCUGGGGACACUCCAUUCCGCUGAUCUGCGCGGAGGGCGUGGGCGCGCUGUGCGAGCUGGCGGCGGCGCGGCCCCGGGACGCCGCGUGCUGUCUGGCGCCGCUCCUGCUGGUCAUGGCGCACUCGCCGGAGUCCGUCUCCCUGACGCCCAAGUUCGCGGAACUGUUCUCGAUCCUGUUGAACGCUCGCCCCACGCUGGUGCAGCGAACACUAGGUCGCGGCGGAGUCGCCGGCUCUGAGAUUCUCUUGAGACUCUUCUUGGAACAGCUAGAAAACCAUGAGUCGUACAACGUGUCCCGCGCGGCCGUGCUGUCGGUGUGGAUGCACGCGCUGUGGCGCGGCCCGCCCGCCGCGCUCGCCGUGCUGGACGCCGGCGCCGUGCUGUGCCAGCACUGGGCGCAGCUCGACGACCACGCCACCGCCAUGCUGCAGGACGGAAAUGCCAAAGAAAUAACCGCGAAUGCGGUCAGCAACGCGGCGACGGCUCCACUGUUGUGCGAGUGCGUGCUCCGCGCCGCGCACGCCCGCACGCAGCGCACGCACGCGCACGCCCUGCUGCUCGCCGCACUGCGGGCGCAGCACGCGGCCAGACAGCGGAUACAUGUGGACAAUGCGCUGCAGCAAAUAGGAUUGAAGAUGAGCUCGGAGGAGCUGGUGAUAUAUCGUGCCGGCAACGCGGUUUUGUCAGCCCCGCCGCAGCAUCCCGCUCAUCUGACCCUUUGGAGGCUGUUCAUGCAUCUCUAUUUAGAACAAGUAUCGGCUAACGCCGUUAUAGUGCGGGCUUAUUCCGAGAACGACCCCUGUCCGGCGGCCGGGCCCCUUUUCUACAGCGGCAUCAUAAAGACACGCUCUCUCGGUCACAUCAAGAAACGUCUCCAAGAGCUGGCGGCCCACCAUAAAGCCGAAGCCGACAAAAUAAAGGAGAUUUUAAGUGACAAAGUCGAAAUAAAAUCCGCCGAAAUUGCCAGCACGUCGCAGAGGGCCGACGGUGAGCUGUUUAAAGAUCUGACCAUCGCGGAUUUGACCGGAGAGUCGAGCGACAGCGACUCCGGGGAGGGUGAGUGGGACGACGGGGGGGAGGGUGACGGAGACGCCGCCCCGGCCAACACAACGAGAAACACAGAAUUCGAUGUCAGUAAAAUCGAUCUAUUGAACUACUACAUCGGCGCCCACAAAAUGAUGCUGAUGUACCUGCGCUGGCUGGAGGACGGAGAGCGGGUCACCGCCCGACAGCACCACGCCGACCUGACCAGCUUCAUGACGCAGCAGUGUUUAGAAGCCGGCUGGCGUCACGCGCUGCGCCAGCUCCGCCCCCCUCCCGCGCCGGAGCCGGACCCCCCUCCGGCGCCCGUCGCCGCCGACCCUCCCAAGUCACAGUUUGCAGUCGGCCUUGAUUCCAUACUCAGUAUCGGACAGAAAUCACGAAAAAGACGCAAAAAAAAUAUUCUGAAGCCAGUGUUGGAAGACGUAGAGUUCAAAGACACUCACCGUUUGAUUUCCGCUGCAGAAAAUCAUCUGAAUAAAAUUAAAUUACUGGCUAAAGAGUGGUCGUCGGAGACGGAGCGCGUGAGGGCGCUGGAUGUCCAGCUGUGGGUGCUGCUGGGUUCGCUGCGCGCGCGGCGCCCCCUGCCGCCCGUCAGCAGGCAGUGCGCCAACAAGUGCCCGCCGGUCAGCGUGCGCCUCAAUGCUGAAGAAUGGUGUAUAUCAGCCGGAGUCGAGCGUAGUAUCAGAGAAAACAGAUGCACAAGCCGCAAGAGCGUAAGCCACCUGUCGAGGCCGCGCCCGCACGCCGCCCGCACCGCCGCCGCACUCUACUCUAUCGUCAAGCGGAUAGACUCGAUGAGCAGCGCGCUGUGCGUGGUGGAGCGCGUGUGGGCGGCGGCGGCCGCGUGCCCGGAGUCGGGUCCGGCGCACGCCGCCCUGCACAGAGCCGCACUAGUGCUGGCAGAGCGGUGGGUGUCGCGGUCGGGCGCCACGUGUGCCUCGCUAGUGCAGCGGUGGAGCGCCGGCGCCGGCUCCGCGCUGCAGGCGGCGCUGUGCGUGGCGGUGGUGGCGCCGCGCCUGUGCCGGCCCUGGCCGCCGCUCUACUGCGCCCUGCUCCGCACCUCGCUCCCGGACUAUAUGCUCUUCAGUGCACUCUCCAAGUUUGAAAUGAACCACUUAUCAAAAGAUCUGGAGCUGACUGAGAGACGCGAACUCCUGGAUAGUUUAUUGGUUGCGGCCCAGCGCUGGGGUCCCACGAGCGAGUCGUACCCGCUGAGCUCGGAGCUGCUAGGGAUGCACAUGCAGGCGCUGAUGGAGCCGGGCGCGCUGUGCGGGCACACGGCGCGCUGCAUGCGGGCGGCCGCGGCGGGCGCGCUGCCGGCGCCGCACUGGCGGCACGUGGCGCGGGCCGUCGAGACCUCGGCCGGCCUCGUGCCUUUCGAUCAGCUGUCCCGCCUGCCGCGCGAGCUGGGCGCGCUGUGGUGGGAGGCGCGCACCGCCCCGCGGCCCCGCGGUGUCCAGUACGCCGUGUACUCCGAGGAGAUCGCCCGCGUGUACCGGCUGCUCCUGAAAGCGUUAGUUGACGCCGCCGUCGAGUUGAGCUAUGCUCCCGAAAGAGUGGCUGCGUGCGGCUGGUCGGCGCUGCUGGAGCUGUGGUCGCCCUGGGUGCAGCCCCACCCCGCGCCCCCGCUGCUGCCCGCCCACGCUCAGGACGACUCGCACGCGACCAUGCUGAAGAGCUUCGCGGACGCCCUGCUGCAGACCAUGCGCGACUGUCCGGGUACAGAAAGCUACAUUCUCCAGAAGACCUACGAGUGGAUCGUUCACACACAGCUGAACGUUAACGGACAAAACCAGUCCGAGUGCCGCGUCCAGGUGUCGGAGCUGCUGGCGGAGCUGGCCGCGCUGCCGUGGGACCGCCACCAGUGGUUCAGCGGCAACUGCAUCGAACUUGCCGUGCAGUGGAGUGCGUGCGGCGACAAGCAGGCGGGCGCGUGGACGGGCGCGGUGACGUCACGCACGGCGGCCGGCACGCUGCUGGCGCCGCACCACGACAGCCCGGUGCGGACGCUGGUCGCGCUGCUCUACUUCUUCACGGCCACCGACGUGCCGCACUCGGAACAGAUAUUGGACGAGGCAAUGAAGUUGCCAUGGUGGAGACUACCGGAACUGGCUUUAGACGAAGCCUGCAGUAGAUUCUUUGCUUUCCACCACAAUCCCGAGAAGCCAUACCACGAGCUACCGCAGUUCAAGGUAUUAGUGCAGGCGAGCGGCGCGGGGGUCGGUGCGGGGGGCGGCGCGGAGGGGCGGGCGCGGCGCGGCGUGCUGGUGGCGCACUGGGCCCGCGCCGCCGCCGCGCCCGCACUGCUGGCACACGUGCCCGCACACGCCGCCGCCAUGUUGAAACUCAUCACUCAGAUUGCUUUGUACUUGAAGAGCCCCGGAGACGAAGUGGAGGAGCUGGUGUCUCGGGCCGUCGCGGCGCUGUGUGCGGGCCCGGCCGCCGCGCGCGUGCUGCCGGUGUGGGAGCGCCACGUGCGCGAGGCGUGCGUGCGCGUGCGGCGGGCGUGCGUGCGCGCCGCGUGCUCGCUCACCGCGUUCCCGCACUUCGCCGCGCUGUCGGACGCCGCGAUCAAGGCCUUCCUCGCCCAUCCAGAGUCGUCGGGCUGGAGCGAGGUGCGGGCGGCGUGGGCGGGGUGUCCGUGGACGGAGCCGCGCGCGCUGGCGGGCGAGGGCGCCCUGCACGCCGCCUACGUGUGCACGCUCGCCGCGCCCGCACCCGCCCCCGCGCGCGCCCUGCACGCGCUGCUCGCCAGGCAACACUCCUUUACAGAGGACGAGACAAUACUGGCCGUGUGGAUCUGCUGCGCGGGGCGCGUGGGGCGGUGCGGGGGGCCGGGGGGGCGGGAGGCGGCGCUGGCGCUGCUGCGGGGGUGGGGGGAGCCCCCGCCGCGCUCCGUGCUCAGCGUCGUCACGUUCCGGCCCGUCCACGGACCCACUACCAGACAUCGACUGCUGAGUCGGCUCGGCGUGUGCCUCCUGGCGCCGUCGGCGUCAGCGACUCGCGCGUACAAGGCUACCAGUGCCGAGGUGUUCGGUUCGAAGCCGGGCGAGGACGAUGGAGGGACCGCUCCUCCCACCCCCGACCAGCUGCCCAAACUCGCGGUCAGAUUGUAUCCCAAAUACGAGAAGUUUUUUGAUAUAGAACUGGACAUGGUGACAAAUGUGUCGGUCUGAUGUGGAUAACCGGCUGAUUCUCCGGAGGAUCCAUCGGGUCUCCGCAGAGGAGCAGCAUUUGUGAUGCCCUUGGAAUUUCAAUCUUAAGGUCGACUCUGGUGGUCCCCUGUAUAGUCACGCCAACACACACAACUAGCUUAAUGUAUGUCUUACUUUUCGCAAAAAAUCUCGAGAAUGUAUUCUUGAAAAAAAAAAAGACCUGAUUAGUUAAUAAAAAUAGACUUUCUAAUAGGACGUAAAAAUGUUUGUGUUUUUUUGUUCUAUGUGAACUUGUUGAUUGAAACUUUCACUCCGGGAGGGGAGGGGUUCCGAUAUAGCACCAUGUCUUUUUCGACUUAUGUCUACGCAAUGCUGAAUGUAGGUUUCUUCGAAUGUACCUAUUUCCCUUCAUUCUCUUGCCUUUGCAUCCAGUCCCUAACCAGCCACUUCGAUCAGGCACGAUGGCAUAUGUGGAAGGCACCAUGACCAUAAGACAAACGUGUGCUCUCCCUAUAGGUGUACCUACGUUCCGAGACAAUCACACUCUGACCAGGUUUCAUUGCAAUCUAAUAUCAUGCAUCAGGAUGUAGAACUAACGACCAAUUUGAGAUGUGUGAGAUGCGAUAUUGAAAUACAUACAGUUUGUUAUAAAAUGUAGCAUAUUGAAAUCAGCGUAGAUCAAUUUGGAACAAGUUGAGUUGAUUAAAUAGAUAUAAAAAAAUAUAUUGAAAUCAGCGUAGAUCAAUAUAGAUCAAGUAGAGUUGAUUAAACAGAUUUAAUAAAAUAAAAAAAACAAUUCUGAGUAUGUUUAAAUAGUUUAAAAAAACAAAUAUAAAUAAAAAAAACAAUAUGUCUUUGGAUCAUAAUUCUGUAAAUAUAAUCUCUCAUCUACUUAGUAUAAGAAGGCUAAGAACUCUAUAACCUUUAUGUGACAUUAAAAAUAGUUUUGUAUGUAAAAUUUUAUCUCUUUUAAAAGGGUAAGAAUUCUAGAGGACUUUUGGCGGAUAGUAAAACAAUAUGUAAGGUACAGCAUGCACAUACUGGGACUGAGGUUUAAUAAAAAAAUUAAACUUUAAAUUAUUUAUAAGUACUUACUAAGUACUACUAAGUAAUUACUUAUACUUUAAAGAAAUGCUGUGAUGUACUAUGUGUUUAAGUGGACUUAAUCAUAAAUUAGGGAGUAAUUAAAGAAAUAAUGUUUCGACUUCCAAUGUAUCCACACAAAUUUAAUGCUGCCAUGCAUAAAUAACGGCCUAGAUUGGUGUUGCCGGUAUAUAAAACGAUAAAUUUUCUACCAAAUAUAAAUUUUUUAUUUUUACUUUUUAUGACGCCAGCGAAAUGUGUUUUAUGUUACAUAUUAUGUAUGAAAUGAAAACUAGUCUAUUCGAAAAAUGCUCAAUUUUUUUUUUUACUUAGGUACAUAUUAGUUUAAUGUUUAAUUCGUAAAACAAGAUAUUAAAUGUAAAGAGUAUGUAUAAUCAAAAUAUUCGAGUCUCUUGUGUAUUGUACUCCCCAUAUUUCAUACGUAAUAUUUUUUUUUUUCAUUCUUGCCACAUUCAUUUUCUCUAAUAACUCGAUACUGACUUUGGCGGGAACGCGAGGAGUGAGCUGUUGUGUGAUUUGUUUUAUUUUGUUUAUUUAGUGUUUCUUCAGGUUUAAAUGUGUAAUAACGGUGGUUU